GCAUUAUCAAUUGCAGGAAGGUACGGCGAGGAUUUGGUUGUGAAGAUGGCAUCGAAGUUGAUACAAGUUCAAUCAAAAGCAUGUGAGGCUUCAAAGUUUGUGGCUAAGCAUGGAACUUCCUACUACAGACAGUUGUUGGAGAAGAACAAGCAAUAUAUCCAGGAACCUGCCACUGUUGAGAAGUGCCAAGAGUUGUCUAAGCAAUUGCUCUACACCCGUCUUGCUAGCAUUCCCGGACGCUACGAAACCUUCUGGAAGGAAGUAGACUACGCAAAGAACUUAUGGAAGAACAGAUCCGGUCUGAAGGUAGAAGAUGCAGGAAUCGCUGCAUUGUUUGGUCUCGAAUGCUUUGCGUGGUAUUGCGCAGGUGAAAUCGCCGGGAGAGGAUUCACCUUCACAGGCUAUUACCCUUGAAGGAGAGAAACAAUAACUUGAAGAUUGUGUAAUCCCCUCCGUUUUUAGUUUUCAUGAUUCUCUCUUGAAUCGAUUUUUUUCCAGUUUAUCCCUGAAACGGAGGCUUUGGAGCUGAGAAAAUCCAUUUUGCUAUAACUCUUUGAUAAAGAUUGCUCUCAAUAAGAACAAAAUUUCCCA